AUGGAAAAGCUUCUGAUUGUUCUGCACUGUAUUGAGGAGCAAAAGGUACAAUAUGCCACCUUUAAAUUGGUGGGGGAGGUCUUCUUCGGCAGAUACUUCCCAGUUGCCACCCGAGAGGCGAAAGCAGAGGAGUUUCUACAUCUGACCCAGAGGUCCAUGACUAUGCAAGAGUAUGUGGCCAAGUUUGUGGAGUUAUCUCAUUUCGCUCCACACAUGCUCCCGGAUGAGCCACUGAAAGCCUGGAUGUUUGAGAGAGGACUGAGGCAAGCGAUACGUGCUCAGGUGGUGGCAUUGUUGACUCAGAGUUUCUUUGAGUUGGAUUCUUGGAGGGGAGAUCGAGACGCUGGGGGUCAGAGGUCGGAUAGGGCUGAUCAAAACUACCGGGAGAAUUCAUCCCGCCCCCUUUGUGCCAGAUGUAAUCAGAGGCAUUGGGGGGAAUGCCGGGGUGGAAAUACCGUGUGUUAUAGGUGUGGCAGACAUGGCCACAUAGCUCGUGAUUUUCGUGCUCCACCAGGCAAUGCACCCGCUCCUGAUCAGAUAGGAGGAACAACCUAG